CUGUUUGCACUGUGGCACCAAAAGGUAAACAAGGAAGCGCUAAAGUCCAUCGAAACUGCACAUCAAUUACAGUAUAGUAAUCUUAUCAAUGUGUUUUUUUGAAACAUAUUUUAUAUUCUUUUGAUAAAACUGAUGUUAUUUUCCGACUUGAAUCACACCUUCUAUCAUAUUACAAAAUAAUCAUAUGUGAGUAAUGGCUGUAAGACUGUUCACGGCAAGAUUCCCCCGAUCCGCCGUACUUGGGUUGGUCUCACUGCUCGUAUUGUACGGUGUCCUAGCGCUCCUCGCCCAAGUAACCCACGUUGACGUGGAGCUCUGUCGGGUGUUCUCUGGGAUCGUAUCACGGGGAGGCAUCGGCAAUGUUUCCCGGUCGACGGGGUCGCUCCCCGGACCCGCCAUUCUUCCUUACAACGAGAAAAACGCUGGGGAUCAGUUGGUGGUGGCGGAACGCGCGGAGAGACCCAUCCCUGCUGGAGCACGGAGGGCCAAAGCAGCAUUAGUGAAACACCCUUUCAUGGAAAAUCGCAACUAUAAAGAAUCGACGUGUCCAAAGAGAGUUUCUUCAAUAGCACUGUAUUCAAAGUGGUUUAAGGAAAGAUUCAAGCCAAACAUUAAAGUGUUUCUGGACGAAGAGGACUCGGGAAACUUCGACAGCCUGGCGAAGUACGGCCUGCCGUUCGGCUACAAAAAAGAGAGUAAACAACUGUUUCAGAAGAUUCUUGGUCAUCCUAAGUUCAGCAAUUCCUCGGCCCACCCCAACGGGACGAGGAAGCAGUGUCUACGGUGCGCCGUGGUGGGCUGUGGGGGUAUCCUCAAGGACUCAGGAGCCGGCCCGGAAAUUGACAGCCACGAUUAUGUAUUCAGACUGAACAGAGCUAUCUCGUCAGGAAAAUUUGAAAAAGACGUGGGGAAGAAAACGAGUUUCUAUAUUUUCUUCCCAGAGUCGAUGAGCGUAAGAGACGUUUCUGAUAAGGAUGCAACGUACAUCUACACGAUGUUCAAAACGUACGACAUGAACUACGCGUUAAAUAUGCUCAACAAAGAAGACACACCUAGAUACACGUCGUUCGGAAUAGAGCUUUACCACUUAGCAAAACCCAAUGUGGAUCCAACCAAAGUAAAGAUUGUGCAUCCUGACUUCUUCCGUUAUGUCUUUGCUGAAUAUUUGAAUGCAAUAUCGUACAGACCAACCACAGGUGCUAUGACAGUAUUUCUUGCCCUCCAUCUCUGUGACGAGGUGACAAUCUAUGGAUUCGGUUAUGAUCCCCGAUUUACCAUGCACUACUACGAUACGAGCUUCGUGAAGCACACGGACGUCUCGACCGGCUCUCACGACGUGGAUAACGAACGCUUUCUCUGGUCAAAACUGCACCAAGAGGGCGUCAUUCGACUUUUUAAAAGAGAUAUAUAGACUUUUCUAAUGACCUUGUUGAGAUAUGGGGGACCCUAUGACGAGUGCACUGGUUUGGUUUGGGUGUAUACAGGCAGAUUUACUCAUUAAUAGUGUCAUAGUGCUGUGUCCACCAUCUCAAAAUGGCUAAAUUUGCAACGUCACAGCCCGAGGUUAGUUUGCCAACAAAGGAGUGCGUUUUGGCGACCACAACCAGAAGCAGAUUGAGCUUUGGUCAUCGGUUGAGCAUUUUCGCGUGUUCAAGGUUGAAUCGCGGUGUGACGAUGCUGUUCAGACCAAACGGUAACCGACUCGUUUACUUGUUUGGGGUCGCCAAAACGCACUCCUGGUCAGAGCCGUACACUGGGAGAGUUGCGACAACUUGCGAUUAGAAGCCAUUUUGUUCCCAAGAAACGCAUGGGCGAACACAGGGUGCCAGACUAGUCUGCCCAUUGGGUUGUGCUGCGUUUGGAGACAACAUGGCGCCCAGCAACCACGUGACCAAAGAAAAAUGGGUCCCUCCUUGUCGCAACUCUCUCAAUACACAGCUCUGCUCCUGGUUAGAGAAUUAUGUGAUGCCAUAAAAGCAAUUUCAACAAUGUUACACAAAUUAAUAUUCAAAUAUUGUUGAUUUAGUUAGUAACAAAGCAACCAGUUAUUGGAUGUAUAUGUGUUUAUUGAAAGUUGUUAACAUGUUGAAUUUAGUGACGUCAUGGUUAAAACAUGAUUGAUCGUUUCUGAACGGUCGUCAGCCGCCCAUGCCAAUGCGGUUUAGAAAGGUCUAUAAGGAGAUGUAGGCCUAUAUUUCAGACUUUGUAAGUAACGCGUGACAACAGACCUUCCACUGUUACUGUUAAAAAUGGUUCAUGAUAAAACUUAAAUAAUCUUUUCUAAAACACAUUGGAUUGCUAAUGUGUAUGUAUAUGGAUAUUUUUUGCAAGUUGUAAUUAAAUGUUACACAAAAUUAUACUACCUUUGACUUUUCUUAAAUACAAGGUGUUGGGACGCAAAUAGCAUUUACUUGUUUUGAUAAAAUACUAUUCUGCAUUAACUCCGUUCAAUAAAAAGAAGGUAAUCACAAACAUA